AUGACGCCAAUCCCACCACCCACGAGUCCACCAAAAUCGAUCAAAGAGCUGAACGCCAUGGCAAAAGUUCACACUGACGACUGUAUACCCAUUGAUAUAUAUAUCAGUUCAGCCGAUUUGAUGUUGAAGCAAGCUCGAAUUUAUUACAGAGAAGAAAACCAGGAGCAAGCCUACUUGUACUUUAUGAAGUACAUCAAUCUUAUACUGAAUGAACUCGGUCAUCGUCCUGGAUUUGAUUAUAUGAGCAAUCAAGUAUUAAUCAAGACUUGCAUUGAAGCAUUGGACGCUGUUGAAAUGCUAAGGCCGGCCAUUGAAGCUGUUCAUGAGAGCUAUCAUUUAUAUCAAAAAGAAAGCAACGUCAACAAGGAUGAUUCCAAGCAAUGGACGACACAUUCAGAGCAGAGUCAACGAUUACAAAAGCCUCGCUUAAGGCUGGAAGAAGAGUUUCAUUUCGAUACAAAACCACAAGACAUCGGCACUCAACGUCAAAACAAUCAAAGUAGUAGCAGAUCAGGGUCGCCAAUGGAAUGGGAAUACUCAGACUCAACCAGUCAGCAUCUCAUCGAUAGAAACAAAAACAGCAGCGUACCACCUCCACCUAUACCACCCAAGAUCAAGCUUGAUAAAGAUACUCCACCACCGCUGCCGCCCAAACUGCAGCUAUUUAUAAACAAAGAACAUCAAGAAGAAGGGUCCAAUGCAAGUUUAUUAGCGGACUCGUUUUAUGGAUCAAGCAAUACUAAACUUCGAGUUCUAAAUAUACCAUUGGACAUACAAACAAAGUUUCUAUCGCUUGCACGUUUCAAUACGAAAAACAAUGUAGAAACAUGUGGUAUACUCAGUGGAAAAUUGAAAAAUAAUCAAUUCUUUGUAACAUCUUUAAUAAUUCCUAAUCAAAUGGGCACAAGUGAUACCUGUACAACCAAAGAUGAAGAGGCGAUCUUUGAAUAUCAGGAUGAAAGAGGGUUAAUUACGCUAGGAUGGAUCCACGUAUGUAUUAGUGCUUUGUGA